CCACCAGAGGGCGCACGAGUAUCCUACUCUUGUUGCUAAGCAGCGCAAAUUCAAUGCAACAGAAACAAUGUAACGUUACAUAUGUUUGAUAUGCCUCUACAAUACGUACUACUAAUACAGGUCAAGUACUGAGAUGGCUGACGUCAGAGAGCAGUUACUUUCCAUUGAGGAGAAGUAUAAACGUUUUAAACAACAGCAAUUUAUAUUUAUAACCGCUCUUGAGCGCUCGAGGGAGCAUGCCAGGGACAAAACUGAGCCUGUCUCCACCGUCGCACAGGUCCAAAGGUACAUGACUCACCACUGCAGCAAUUCCACAGACAGAUGCAUCUUUUCACUCUUUUUGGAAAUUAUUUCUGAUCUUGGAGGCGUUUUAAAACAUCUCGAGUCCUCACUGUCCAGCCAAAACACUUCCUGUGAGGGCCUGGAUACUUGCAGGGAUAUCCUUGGCCCUAACAGCAACAUCACUCAGCUAAGGGCACACUACCCACACAAUGAGAUCAACCGGCUGAGCUGUGAUGAAGCAAGGAAUUUCUAUGGUGGGAUUGUUAGCGUGAUUCCAUUGGCUCUAGACCUCCUCACCACCUACAGUAGAGGAGGUGCUCAACGUCCCACUCCAACAGCUACAGAAACAUCUCAACAAACAGUGGCAAAGAAUGUGGAGAUGGUUGCAGACCUUAAUAAAGACACCAAAAAGAACCUGAGCAGAUAUAAACAAGGGGCAGGUGGCUGGCAUGCUGGAAAACCAGCCUGGAAGCCACCAGGAAAUACAAGGAGAUAAAACACUUUUUCAAU